CUUUCCGCCCUCACGCACUCCCUUUUGAGCUUGUUCAUCGUCGUCUACGACGUCCUCCAUGGACUUUUUCUCCGCCGCCAACGAUGCCUCGGCGGUUGCACUCACACAGAACGACACCUUCGCCCAGGCCAUAGCUUCCAGCUUUGGCUCUUUCACCGCUCACCUUCCGUCGGUCGCUGCUACUUCGUCGUCCACGCCGACCCCAACAACAAAACCAACAUUGCAUUCCAACAGCUUCCAUGCUGUGCAUCAUAGCGAGCUCGCUGACCUCGUCAACACUCCCUCCGUACUGUUCAUUGACAUUCGUCCCCAUGCUCAAUAUGCUAAUGCUCGUCUCCCCAAUGCGCUGUCGUUGUCUGUACCGUCCACGCUUCUAAAACGCCCUCUGUUCUCAUUGGACAAGCUCGCAUCAAUGCUCUCUUCCGUUUCUUCACGUUCGCGAUUCCUGGGUUGGAAUACAUCCGCUCAGAUCAUCGUGUACGACGCUGAUUCUGCGUCGUUGCCUGACUCUUCCAAUAUUCUCGGCCUUCUCAGGAAGUUCGCCAAUGAUAGCUCCGGAUACUCUGGCAAGCUUUGUUGGCUCCAGGGUGGUUUCCAGUCUGUAUGGCGGGAUCGAAGAGAGCUCAUUGACCAGCACCCUUUGGUACCUGACCCUACAGCGUCGCCUCCUCCCUCAACCUCUCUUAAUCCUAAUCUACUGCCAACGGCAGCUUUUCGUGCGCCGAAACGACAUUCACCUUUGUAUUCUUCUCUACGAGCCGGCAUGUCAAUGCCAUCACUUUCUCAUCAACCUUACAAUCCUUUCUUUGAUACCAUCCGUCAAAACUUGGAAUUAUCCCAUGGCAUUACAGAACGUAUUCCACUUAAGCUCACUACCCAUGCGAAACAGCGGAUAGCUGAUCUCCCUUUCUCGUGGCUACGUACCAUUGCUCUUCGAACGACAUCUGACCUCGAGACGGAUGCCGAAGAAAGCAUGGAGUCACUCGCCAUGCAGUUCUACCGCAUUGAACUUGCGGAGCAGAGAAGACUAAUGGGCGUUAUGGAACAUCAUUCACGGGAAUCUCUUGUACACAACUACAGUGAACGCAACGGUGUGCCUGUCAAACCGUUCCCUUUCAGUAUUACUGCGGGCGUAGAGAAAGGUGCAAAGAACCGAUAUCGUCAUAUCUGGCCCUUUGAGCACGCUAGAGUACGGCUACAUUCCGAUAAAUCAAUAUCCCCCCUUCUUUCGUUAGAUUCUACAACCUCCUCCGACACCUCGCCAAGAUUAACAUCUUCCUCUUCUGAUACCGCUCUUCCAUUAUCCAAACCGACUCUACCUCAGUUGUCCUGCUACGAGGACCCCGACGAUUAUGUGAACGCUUCAUAUGUGCAGCCGUUAUGUACUCGCCGACGGUACAUCGCUACGCAAGGUCCCUUGGAGGCGACGUUUGUAGAUUUUUGGACUCUUGUUUGGCAACAAAACGUUCACGUCAUUGUCAUGUUGACCCGCGAAGUUGAAGGCUCGACCGUGAAAUGCAACUGCUAUUGGAAAGACGGCACCUACGGCCCCCUUCACCUUCGACUGGUCAGCCGCGAGGGGAAAGAAGAUCGCGGGGAUAAUUUAGCGUCUAAACAGAGCGGCGGCUUCUUCAACUUCCGUGCCGAGCAGGCAGAGAAGAGCCACCCAAUCAUCAAGCGGAUUUUUAUGCUUACUCACUCCGGAUAUCCUCAAGCCAAACCGCGCAGAAUUGUCCAUUAUCAAUAUUUGGAGUGGCCGGAUAUGAAUGUUCCCGACGACCCUCGGGGCGUCCUGGAGCUCAUCAAGGAGGUAGGGAAGGGGAUGGAAGAGAGCAAGCAGCAGGGGGACAACAUGCACGAUAACAACGGAUCUGCGGCCGAAGAUCAGCUAUUGGAGGUUGAUUCGCAUACGGGUAUUUCGCGUCAAGGGCAAGGUAUCCAGCCCCUUCUUUUACAUUGCAGUGCUGGUGUGGGAAGAACUGGAGGUUUUAUCGCUGUCGACGCCGUUCUGGAUGGAAUCCGGAGAGAGAUUCGCAAAUCCGUUGACGAUCAAGUUAGGACUGCUGAAAACAAGGCCGUCGACGAUCGUACCGACGGUGAUGGUGAUAUCUUGAUGGAUGAGACAGGCCAACGCACGAUGCCCAUGCCGCCUAACAAGGGAGGGGAUAUACUGCAUGUUCCUGUUAUGGAUAGCAGACUUCCUCCCUCUGUCACAAUUCCCCAGCGAGAGUCCGAAGGGGACGACACAGCUACGAGACAAUGGGCUGAAAACCUAGAAAACAUUGACAGUACGUAUAGCCGCGACGUCGGGGAUACGGAAGGUAGAUCGUCUUUCGAAACCGCUAGUUUGAGCACCACUUCAUCCUCAGAAGAAUCCUCCUUUUUCUGCCGGACCGGGGCAAACAACGAAAUCAAGGAAAUUGAUGGCGAGAUUUCACCCAAUGCGCCAAGUAGCGGAUAUACCACAUCGUCAUCUUUUGUCACGACGAUAUCUUCGGAACCGAGUAGCAAAGAUGGAAUCAUCGGUGCGACGAAAAAAUCAUCUCCCGGUUUGAACGCAGCUCUUGGAAUUGAUUUCAAAGGUCUACGGAGCGCGCGCCUUGGAGAAGAGGAAAAUCAUCGCAUGCGGACACAGUCGACACCGUUAGCGAGGACAGAGGCCAAGGAUACGGCGACUACACCCCUUACUUCAAGGAGCCUGUCGCCGUUUGGCAGCGACGUGAAGGAUGCUAAGGACUUCGCUGCACAAUCAACCCCGAAUCUCAAGCUUUCUUCGGCAUCGACAAUGCAACCCAUAUCUGCCGUGGCUUCUACUUCAACAACUAAUGUCGACUAUAAAGACCCUCGUCCCAUGCACAGGGCUGACUCACCGCGCCUUUUGAGCUCAUGCGACGAGCCACUCUGGGAGAUCGUGCAAGACAUGAGAGAGCAGAGAAUGAGUCUGUGCCAGAGUCUCAGGCAGUACGUCUUUGUACAUGCGGCUGUCAUUGAGGGUGCUCUGAUGGUUGUCGACGAAGAGAAAGAGGCUUUGGGAGCGGAAAAUGUUGAGAAGAUGAUCCGUCAGCGGAAUGGCCUGAACCAUAGCAAUGCUGUGCCGUCAUCGGGUCCAGUGUUUGUUUAUAACGAUAUUUUGACGCCCGGUUCGUCAUCCCAUGGGAAGAGAGGCGCCAGUCCGACUGAAUUAUUGAAGGAAGACAAGAUGGGGGAGUUGAGAAUGUCGAAAAGGCCGAGCAUCAAGAGGAAACAGCGGAGCCAUGACGGUGAAAUAGCAAUAUACUCUGCCGCUAGGGAACCUCUUGGUGAGAGGCUGACUUUGCCGACGUUUGAGAUAGGUAAGUGCUACUAUGUUACCAGAUGCCGUCGCUAA